GCCGCUGGACGCGUGCGCAGGACCCGAUGGGUGCCCGGACGCGGAAGAACUGGCCCCGCGGAGGUUCCCGCUUCUGAAGCGUGGGAGGCGGAAGAGACUGCAGGUUGUAGAUUUUGGUCUUGGCCCCAACGUGUUCCCCCAGACCAUUAGAACCCAAGAGAGGAAGAGGAGGCACCGCGGCGGCGGCUGAGAGGCCGAACCCCCAACCUGUCCUCGAGGCGGGAGGGGGGCAGGGAGGGGAGAAGCACCGAUCCCAGGGCUGAGGAGCCUCCGGGACCAGGUCCGGGAGCAUGGGGGGCUGUACCGGGUCCCCGAGCAUGGGGAGCUGGAGUCACCAAGGCCGCCCGGCCGGGUCCUACCCGACUGUCAGGUCCUCGGUAAUAGCGCUGCCCGGGCAGCCGCAGCAUCUGUAGCCCGGCCCCGCUUGUGGUCCUCAGCCGGAAAGAUAGCAGCAUGAGUUCCGCCGCUGCCUAGUUUCCUCCCCCUCCUCUUCUCCCUCCUCUCUCCUCUUCCCCAGACCACCUCCUCCUUUCCCGCCCCUGCGCUCCUCUUUUCCCUUACCCUCUGUCCUCCUCCCUCCCCUCUGCCCUCUCCCUUCCCCUCCCUCCCCCGCCCUCUUCCUCUCCCUUUUCACCCUCUGCCCUCCUCCUCUUAUCCUUUCUGUCCUCCUGCUUUUCCAUCUAUCCUUUUCCCUCCCUCUUCCCUCCUCCCUCCAUCCUUGUUUUCCCUCCAUCCCACUUCUUUCCUGCAUCCUUUCCCUUCAUUCUGUCGCCUUCCACCACUACCUCUGCAUCCUCCUCCCCUGCCUCACCAUCAUCCUCCCUUCCUCAUCAUCAUCCUCCUUCCCUCCUCUCCUACUUUUCUCCGCCCCCAGCCCCCGCCCCCGUCCCCAAGCCUCCGCCCCUUAGCCCCCGCCCCCAGCUGCCAGUCCCCAGCAGCUCAGUCCUGCAGUGAGAGUCUUGGGAGUCCAUAGCUAAGCACCAGGAGCUGAGCACUGCCCGCUGUGCCUGCCUGCAAGUCUGACAUGGCUCAGGAGAAAAUGGAGCUGGACCUUGAGCCUGACACAUCUUAUGGGGGAACCCUGAGGAGAUCCAGCAGCGCUCCCCUAAUCCAUGGGCUCAGUGACCUUUCACAGGUUUUUCAACCUUACACACUUAGAACUCGGAGGAAUAGUACAACGAUUAUGAGCCGUCACAGCCUGGUAAGUAUAAAAUUGCUGUCAUCCUCACCUAAUCGUAUUCCUAGUAGCAGACUGCAUCAGAUCAAAAGGGAAGAAGGCCUGGAUAUGAUGAACAGAGAAACUGCACAUGAAAGGGAAAUGCAAACGGCAAUGCAGAUAAGCCAAUCAUGGGAUGAGAGCUUGAGCCUGAGUGACAGUGAUUUUGACAAGCCGGAGAAAUUAUAUUCUCCUAAGAGAAUUGACUUCACUCCAGUUUCUCCAGCACCUUCACCCACCAGGGGAUUUGGAAAGAUGUUUGUGAGCAGCAGUGGGUUGCCACCAAGUCCAGUUCCCAGUCCAAGACGAUUUUCAAGCAGGAGAAGUCAGAGUCCAGUCAAGUGCAUUAGACCCAGUGUUCUCGGUCCUCUUAAAAGAAAAGGUGAAAUGGAGACAGAAAGUCAGCCCAAGAGACUCUUCCAAGGCACUACCAAUAUGUUAUCUCCAGAUGCUGCGCAAUUGUCUGAUCUCAGUUCAUGUUCAGAUAUUUUGGAUGGCAGUAGUAGCAGCAGUGGCUUAUCCUCAGACCCGCUGGCUAAAGGCAGCGCUACCACAGAGUCUCCAGUAGCAUGCUCCAAUUCAUGCUCUUCGUUCAUCUUGAUGGAUGAUCUCUCACCCAAGUGACUUAACCAUUUCUGAUUCAACGUUUUAACUGCUGUUUCCUACAUAAAAUGUUUAGUGGGGAACGCAGAGAACUUUGAUCCAUAAUGAGGAUUAAAGUUUUACAGAUUUCACCCAUUCUGAUGCUAUUAUUACUCUUUGGCAUCUCUCUUCUCCAAAUUUCAAUUUUGUGAGCCUAAUGACCUUAGCUAAUAAUCUGGUUUUGCUGAUCUCAUUUUGGAUUUAGUGAUUAAAUCUCAACUGCUCAUUUUUGAUUGCUUAGAGGAAUUUUUUUUCUUAGUGCCUCAACACCUAUUUUGAGUUUAUACAUUUAAGAAAGGCACUGAUACGUAUUGCCUUUAAUGGUUCUUUUCCGCAGCAGUGAUAUGACAGAUUUGAUCAGAAAUUCUCUUGCUUGAGAGAUUUUUUUUUUUUUGUUCUUCAUUGACUACAUAGUUUCAAAUCUCUAUUUCAUGAUAUAUAAAUUGCUUUUAAUUAUAUUAAAUUUUUGUUUUUCUGCAUCAGCUUAAAGUACAUUAUUUUGUUUCCCUUUCCUGUUUGAGCCGCUUAUGCCAUUUCUCACAGAGGGGAAGAAAUACAUAGUUGCUUUCAUUACCCUUAUUGCUUCUUUGCUGUUGGGGUGUGUGAAGUGAGCAUUGAUUUUAGUGCUGAGAAUGUAAAUGGACUUACAGGAUGCUUGGAUUAGUCACCACAGGUUCUUAUGACUUUGCUACCACAGUUGAUAUAUUUCUCCUCAAACCUGUUGCCCUAAGGAAUAUAUAAAAUAUUGUUGAUAUUUCUAGGUGGUGUUAUCAAGGAGAAGAAAUUCCUGCCUUGACCCGAUGUGUGGAGCAUCUACAAAUGAAUGAAUAGUUAUUUACACACAAACCACUGUGUACAAAAGCGUCCAUGGAGCUGUCAGUGUCUCGGGUGGCAUUAUGAGGCCUCAGGUGCCUUGGGGUACAUUGUCAUGCUAUAAGGGAUGUAUAUCAUAAGGUAUGGUGGAAGAGGGGCCUUAUGUGUAUGAUUGCCACAUACUGUUUCUGUUGCUGCUUUUUUUCCGAUUCCUUUUUGUCAUUGGAUUUGUUUGUUUUGUCAUGUGGUGAAUGGUGUUUCAGUUAAUUGUGUUGCCGCCAGAAUCAGAAUCCAGUUCUUGUUCAUACUGCCUUAUAGUUAUUGUGUUGCCACCAGAAUCAGAAUCCAGUUCUUGUUCAUACUGCCUUGUAGUGAGGGCAGUUUAAUAUCUACAAAGAAGCUUUUAGGAGCUGAAGAAGUCAAUGUGAUUGUGCGUUCUGCUUUUAAGAAGCUGUUUCAGCUAUGAACUGUGUACAUGCUAUAAGUGUGAAGUACCAUAAGUUAUUUAAUUUUUAAAAGAGGAAACUCCUGAGUGAGCUGUUUAAGAAAUCUGAGUGUAAUCUAUUGUUACGUUAUUUAUAACUAGGUAAAAUGUCUGUCGUGAUAGAUUUCUUUUAAUGUUCAGAUAUUGUGGUUGGGUUGUCUAUAUUUAAUAUGCAGAUUUGCCUGCUGGAAUCAUCAUAAUCCAUUUUAAAGUGAAUGUAAGAAAUGAAAACUACUGCAUUUGUGUCUUUUGAAGGCAAAGAUCCUUGGAUUUUAAAGGAAGAUUAUGUGCUUUGAAGGCACUCAGAGACUGGUAAUAGCAUAUGGCUUGAAGGGAAACCCAUUCUCUUUCAAUUACAAGAGAGCAUCACUUAGCGUGCAGUAGUUCUGUUAUAGCAUCCGAUGUGUCCUUUAUUUUAAAUUGUAACCAUAACAGCCACUAAUGGCUUUAUUUCUUGUAUUGCUCUCAUCUGGGAAAAGUCUACUUCUUCAAACGUAACAUAAAUAUAUCUAUUAUGAAGCUUGUCCCCUAGUAUGCCAUUAUAAAGAAAAAAUUCUUCGAUGGUAUGCAGUGUAUCUAUUCUGUUUGUAAAGGAUCAUGUCAAAAUGUUCUGCCUCUAUAAUGAUAAUAGAUGGUUUUGUCUUUCAGGAGAUUUAUCCACCUACUGUCUUCUUUGCCUUAAAGGGACACUUGGCCAUCAUUUUUAGACUCAAACUUAACACUGUUAAGAAAUAACUGAAAUAUGAUGGUACUUACAUUAAUUUUUGAAAUUCAAUGGUGGGAUAGAAUUAGGUCAGGAAAUGGAAAUUGUUCCAAUGGUGUGAGAACUAGGAGAUAAGAUGAUUCACUUUAUUAUUUAAACCAAGCUUCAUUUUUAGUUUUUGUUGUUUAAAUGAACUGGAAAGUUAAGUUUUUGCAGGGAUUGUUUUGAAAUAAAGAGAUACGCUAACUCACAGAUGAACUUUGUUGAUAAGACCCCUUUAUUUUUAUAUAAAGUCUAAUAUUUGAAAAGUGAUUGUUAUAAAGUAAAAUUCUCUCUUCCUAUUCUAAUAUAUAUCAUAUAUUUCAGGCUUCUAUUUGAAAACAGGUAUAAGAGAUGAUAUGAUGGAACCCUAUAAUGUUUUUUGCUUGAUUGACUUAUAUAAUCACUGUUUCAUGAUUACUGCUUUUGGAAUAAUAGGAAGUUUUGUGAAACGCUGGCCUUGUGUAUAUCUUAGAAUAAAUUUAAUAAAGUGUGUAUACAUGCAUAAAAUUUA